UUUCGUCUGCUCUUCUUCGAAUACAAUCCCGCCGUUUAUGAGAUUCCGGCACGUGGAACUCGAAAACAGCAAAAAUGGCUAGCUUACCACAGAAAAAAUAUUAUCGACAAAGAGCACACUCCAAUCCUAUCGCAGAUCACUGUUUUGACUAUCCUGUCUCUCCCAAUGACAUGAAAUGGGAUGAGCUCUAUCCUACAUUUAGCAAAGAUGGAAUAAUGAAACACAAAGUUCAGUUUGCUGAUAUUGGAUGUGGCUAUGGCGGUUUAUUAAUAUCAUUAUCUUCGUUGUUUCCAGAGACUUUGAUGUUAGGAAUGGAGAUUCGUUUGAAAGUUUCAGAAUAUGUCCAGGAUCGCAUAAAGGCUUUGAGGAUUUUGCAUCCAGGUGAUUACGGAAAUGUUGCCUGUUUAAGAAGCAAUGCCAUGAAGUACCUCCCUUGCUUUUUCGAUAAAGGACAAUUGACAAAAAUGUUUUUCCUCUUCCCUGAUCCUCAUUUUAAGAAGGCCAAACACAAGUGGCGUAUUAUCAAUGACACUCUCUUAGCUGAAUAUGCCUAUGUUUUGGCUGAAGGGGGUUUGGUUUACACAAUUACUGAUGUUAAAGAUCUUCAUGAAUGGAUGGUUAUGCAUCUAGACCAACAUCCAUUAUUUAAGAGACUAACCCAGGAAGAGCUGGAUCAAGACAUUGUAGUUCCAAAACUGUACGAAUCAACGGAGGAGGGCAAAAAAGUCACGCGAAAUAGUGGUGAUAAAUUUCUUGCUGUAUUCAGAAGAAUUCCUGAUCCAUUUGUACUCGAAGAAAACAAGUGCUAAUGUAUACAAAUUUGUUUGCCGGUUCCCUGCUCGUCACUUUUAUUGCUCCCAAUUGAACUGUUUGCUGGAAUUCACAUAAUCAACCAGCUUUAAGCUGCCAUUAAAAACAGGUGACCCACGUUUUAUGUAUGCAUCGCCCAUGCGCAGAACAGACAAAUUUUCCAAGAUCAAUAGUUGUUGACAAAGAACUCAUAAGGUAUGUACGGUAUUUUGUAACGUAAAAAGGAACGCGCGCAAACGUGUCAAAUGACGAAGAAGGAUGGGCACUUUGAAUUAAAGUUUCAUGGAAAUAAAUUUAACAUUCUUUUUUUUGGCAA